AUGAGCUCUCCUUUUGCAAAUAGAAGAAAACCCCGCAAGAUCAUACAGGAUGAAGAUGAAGGUGAAGAUGAUCGGAGCGCGGAGCAAUACUCCGAGCCGGUUGUCAAGAGACCUGUUAGGCCGAAGCAGAAGUCAAAAUUGCGCCUUUCCUUCGGGCCUGGUGAGACGUCGAUGACGGAUGAUGUACAGGAAGAAGGUGAAACUAUGACGCCGAAACGCUACGGUCUAGGCAGACGGGCUCUGGAGAAAAGCGCACUUCAAAGAUCUUCUGAGCAUAUUACUCUCAGGGUUGGACAGGACCAAGGUAGACCUACUUACAGCGAGGACUACCUAAAAGAACUCCGAGAUUCUACCCCUUCAACUCCAAAGACUACAACGCCGGACGAAGAAAACGACAAGGUUAUAGAUGUGGCCGCUAAAUUUGGAGAGCUCGCAACGAUAUCCGCGCCAUCUACUAUCCCAAGUGAGACCGAGAUUAGGGAGAAGAAGGCUAGGAGAGCACGGCUAGCCAUGCAACAUCAACAAGAUUACAUUUCCCUUGACGACACAGCCAAUGACGACUACUUGGGACUUGAGACAGGAGAAAAGUCCGUAGACACGAGACUUGUUAGGGAUGAUGAAGACUUUGCAGAAGGCUUUGAUGAAUAUGUAGAGGAUGGCCGGAUUUCGCUGGGGAGGAAAGCAGAACGCGAACAGAAGCGGAGACAACGGGAAGAGAUGCGAGACCUCAUCAAUGACGCUGAGGCUCUCUCCGAGGAGGAUUCAGACCUCGAAGAGAAAGCUGCUUAUGAGGCUGCUCAGACGCGUGCUGCAAUGGGCAAUGGUGGAACGAGCAAAUCUGGUCGAUCGAAAACUCCACCGAGAGUGACCUCACUUCCGCGCCUUUCUAAUUGCCUGGACCGUUUACGCACUACUCUAAUCACCAUGCAGAAUUCCAGGUCCGCGAUGGUUGGCAGGAUGGAAGAAUUAAGGAAGGAAAAGGCUGAUAUCGCAGUUCGAGAAGUAGAAAUACAAGCCUUGAUCAAGGAAGCUGGGGAAAAGUACGAAAAGCUGAAAAGAGAAGCUGGCGUUACUCCUGGAUCUGAUGCGGAAAGCUCGUCAACAGGCGAUAUUCAACGUUCUCGGGGACUGGAAAACAUCGGUGCCUCUAUGGUGACGUCUCGGGCUUCCACCGAUUCUGACGAUGGGACAUAA